GAAGUUCAAGUGAACAAUGAAUAAUUUUGAGUAUAAGUAUAUAUCAAAUAUUGCCUGGGACAUACUUAACCUAAAAAUUAAUUGUUGUCUACCUGAAAUUUAGUUUGAACUCAACGUUUUGUAUUUUACCUGGUGACCCUAAAAACAGAAUGGCGCCAACCUCUCCCAACUAAUUACCUAGAGAUGGUCAGAACGUUAUUCUCUUACACGGUUUACUGAUGGAAAUUAGUCAGCUGCCAAAGGUCUCAGACUUUAACUGUGAAGGUAUUUUGAAGUUUGAAAUGUUCUAUUGUCAUCCAACAAUCCUAAACAUUUAUGGUUUCAACUUUGGGACAAGCAGGCACCUUGGAAAUUUAAAUUGACCACCAUCCAAGAAUUUUGGUAUCAAGUGCAUUCCCCGGAAAUCCCGUGAUAUCCAGUUUCUAUAUCAGAGACAUGUGGUCAAAGUUUAGACUGACAGGGAAACUGAAUUUCAAAACCUUUUGACACGCACCCCACUGUUAAAUGACUUGGUUCCAAAUCAAGCAAAAGUCAUAAUUUCCUUUGACUGGGAUGAGAUUCCACUUGUGAAAAUAAGGGGCACAGAAAUCAUCACAAGGAAGAAUUCCACCCUCGUAUCCAGGUGAAUCACCCCAAAGUCCAUUAAUCAUCAAUUGGAAGAGGCCAACACUUUCACAUGUAUCGUAAAUGGAAAAAAAAUAAGUCGGCAUGAAGCCAGAAAAGCAAGCCACCCUGAAACCGGAAGUAGCAGAGUCCCAUGGUGGCCAGGUGGGGGAAGGGGAGCGAGGACGUGCCACCUGCCCGGAAGAAGACGCCAUCUGCUGCCGAGUGAGUGACCAGGCGGCCCCAAGAGCCCGAGGAUGGACGCCGUGCACGUGGGUAUGGCCAGCGCACCGCUGGUGAAGCACGCGGCUGGAGCUGGCCUCAGGACGCGCAGACCCCGCGUCAUGUCCAAGAGCGGACACAGCAACGUGAGAAUCGACAAGGUGGACGGCAUAUUCUUGCUCUACCUCCAAGACCUGUGGACCACCGUUAUCGACAUGAAGUGGAGGUACAAGCUCACGCUGUUUGCUGCCACCUUCGUGAUGACGUGGUUCCUCUUUGGCGUGAUCUACUACGGCAUCGCCUUUAUUCACGGGGACCUAGAGCACGGUGAGGAUGCGUCCAGCCCAACCCCCUGCAUCAGGAAAGUAGACUCCCUCACGGGCGCCUUCCUCUUCUCCCUGGAAUCCCAGACCACCAUCGGCUACGGGGUCCGCUUCAUCACGGAGGAGUGUCCCCACGCCAUCUUCUUGCUGGUGGCCCAGCUGGUCAUCACCACCUUGAUCGAGAUCUUCAUCACGGGCACCUUCCUGGCCAAAAUCGCCAGACCCAAAAAGCGGGCAGAGACCAUCAAGUUCAGCCACUGCGCCGUCAUCACCAAGCAGAACGGGAAGCUGUGCCUGGUGAUCCAGGUGGCCAACAUGAGGAAGAGCCUCCUGAUCCAGUGCCAGCUCUCGGGAAAGCUCCUCCAGACCCAUGUCACCAAGGAAGGGGAGCGGAUCCUCCUCAACCAGGCCACCGUCAAGUUCCACGUGGACUCCUCUUCCGAGAGCCCCUUCCUCAUCUUGCCCAUGACGUUCUACCACGUGCUGGACGAGACGAGCCCCCUGAGAGAUCUCACCCCCCAAAACCUUAAGGAGAAGGAGUUCGAGCUGGUGGUCCUCCUCAACGCCACCGUGGAGUCCACCAGCGCCGUCUGCCAGAGCCGCACGUCCUACAUCCCGGAGGAGAUCUACUGGGGCUUUGAGUUUGUGCCUGUGGUCUCUCUCUCCAAAACCGGCAAGUACGUGGCUGACUUCAGUCAGUUUGAACAGAUCCGGAAGAGCCCAGAUUGUACCUUUUACUGCGCAGACUCCGAGAAGCAGAAACUGGAGGAGAAGUACAGGCAGGAGGAUCAGAGGGAAAGAGAGCUGAGAACGCUUUUGCUACAGCAGAGCAACGUCUGAUGUCAGCGGUGUCGCCUCAGCUUAGCUCCUUCCGUCAGUUCUGCUUCCCUGUCUGAGCUCCUUCCCAAUGAAGAGGUCACCAGGAAAACAAAACUGCGUGGCCGCGCUCUAAAAAAACUGCACCGAGAUGCAGACCUGUUCCUUAGAUCUGGUGGCUAAGCAAGCAUUUCCACAUCUGAGAGGUUCUUUUUUUAAAAGGCUUUAUCUGAAGCAAACUCCCCAAAUUCAAAUUUUCUAUAAAGGGGCUGCAUUUCAAAGAACUUGGUGGAGGGCAAUUCAAACAAUGUCCUCCUGGAUGGACAGACAUUUCACAAUGCUCCUAUCGAAAGGAAAUGCAUUGCUAUACAAGGAUGUCAGCUAUAAGGUAUUUAUUCAACAAAAGACAAUAUGGCUGAGAGCUGAAAUGUUCAAUAUCUACUUAUAUUGUUGCUUUAAUGCACACUUAUUUUUUUCAAGCAGAGCAAAUGUUAUUUAUAAUGGAGGCUACCUAGUAAUACAUAAAAAGGGCCAAAGGGACUCUGUACUCACAAAAUAUCAUAAUUCCAUUUUGGGGAGUUCCCGUCAUGGCUCCGUGGUAACAAACCCAACUAGCAUCCAUGAGGAUGCGGGUUCAAUUCCUAGCCUUGCUCAGUGGGUUAAGGCUCAGCCAGGGCAUUGCCAUGAGCUGUGGUGUGGGUUGCAGAGAGAGCUCGGAGCCUGCAUUGCUGUGGCUGGCAGCUGUAGCUCCGAUUCGACCCCUACCCUGAAAACUUCCAUAUGCCUCAGGUGCGGCCCUCAAAAAGCAAUAAAAUAAAAUAAAAUUCAAUUUUUACCCUUUUCAGUGAAAUGUAACCGUACAGAGUGAAAUUGAUCAAAUCAGGAAUUCGCAGUUGUGAAAACAUAUAUCAAUGGAGUUGGUGAGAUUGUUCACCCAGAUUUUUUUGUUGGCAUGUAUGGGCUCUCUUCUGUUCAAAAUCAGGUUCACAGACCAGCAAUAUCAGCAUCACUCAGGAGCUUAUUAAUAAUUUACCCCUUCCUGGACUUAGAGAAUCAGAGUCUGUAUCUUAACUGGACCCCCAAGUGAUUCAGGUAAAAAUGAAAGUUGGAAAAGCUCCACUCUGGACGUUUUCCCAGUAACCUUCUGAAGCCAGGGGGUGCCAGUUCUUUGAUAAGGACCAAUAUAUUCCUUUCCAUGAUUUCAUUCCUUAUCUAUUAAAAUUCCUGGUCCACAGAGGAACUGCCACAGACAUUUCAAGAGCAAAGUAACGCCCUUGAGAAAAAUGGUUGCAUCUCUCAAGUGAAGGGCAAGCUUGUUGAUUACCAUCAGAGCAAAAGGAAAAUUCAGCUGCUGAACAAUUGGAAAUUGGCCCCUUCAUUGACGUCUGUAAGGCUGGAUGGACUGUGAGGAACAAGAGGAGCUGAAGAUAAGGAAUCCAAGUGCAGGUGACUCCAGUGAAGCAGGACCAAACGUGAUGCUCUGAUAACAUGUAAAGGAUGCCCUCAGUGUUUAAAUAAACCUCAUACAACUCAGUUUAAAGAGGUAGCAUUUGGCCUCUGGCAGAAUUUAGAGGUCACACCCCUCGCCUUUCUUUGGGGCAGAGAAUAAAUGGGCUACAAGGGAAGUCUUAUUUCAUUCAAACCAGGGCAGCUUUGCAUUUUGACUCAAGAAGAACGUGACUUUGAGUAGGCUGGCAUAUGGAAUCUAUGUACACGUGAGGCCACAUGUAUGUGCACACAGACCCAUGCGUGCGCACGCACACACACACGCGCACACACACACACACACACACGGGUAUGCACGCCCUGGCUCUUCCGUCAUAGUUGUGGAAAUUAUCCGUGAAAGACAUUUGUGAUUAAGACAGCAAGUCCUUGACCAAUGGGCUUGCGUACAUUUUGUUCUAUCAGAAUGGGAAGCCUGGGGCUCAGAGAAAAUGGGACAAGUAAUCAGAGUCAGACAGUCGGUGAAACAGUGUUGGGAUUUCAGCAAAUCUGGUCCUAUCCUGAUGUCACCCCCUUUUCACGUCUCCUCCCAUUAAACAGAAAAUGUGACGAAAACCUCUUACCCGGAACUGAACAUUUAAUGCAGAUGUAAGAAUCAUAGGAGUGAGGCUGCAAACAGUUUAAUGAACAAUCUCAAUGCACAAGAGGUUGCCGUCUUCAAUUAUUCAGGAAGCUUCUAUGUUUGCUUUUUCUAUUGAUCAUUUCCUGGCAGGUUGUUUUAGUUGUCGACGCUUCUCGUAAAGGAUCACAUUAUUGUAGUUUGAUGUGAGCUCCUUCAGUUCUUCAACUUUUUUAUUGUAUAAUCCGGUAAAAUCGACAGGAAAAGAAUGCCCCAGCAUGUUUACAAUUUGUCUUUGGCACUAUUCAAUGUUUUUCACAGUAUUGAUAUCAGUGCUUAUUUUAAUGUGAUCAGAAGUCUUGCAUACUUAUAUUGCAUAUGGUACAAUGAUACAGCGUAAGAUGGAGGAAUCUUUCUGUGUGUUCAUUUUGCAUAUCAAUUUUGGCCAUAUUUGGAAGACUUGAUUGCACUACACCCAAAAUAAAUACGUAGGGUCUUAAAAUCUAAGACUUGUACAAGUCAAUAAAUCAUAAUAUAACAUAACAGUCAAAAAAUAGCUCUUGGAGUUCCCAUUUUGGCUCAGCGGGUAAAGAACCUGACUAGUGUCCAUGAGGAUGCAGUCUGAUCCCUGGCCUCACUCAGUGGGUUAAAGAUCCAGCGCUGCUGUAAGCUAUGGUAUCAGUUAUGGGUGCGGCUCAAAUCUGGCCAUACUGUGACUGCGGCAUUUCUGCAGCUCUGACUGGACCCCUAGCCUGGGAAUUUCCAUAUGCCACAGGCGUGGCCCUAAAAAAAAAAAAAAAAAAAAAAAAAGAAAGAAAGAAAUAGCUCUGAAGUUGUGUCUGGUUUGAGACUUAGCAUUUUCCAGACAGAGCUACUUCUUAUUACUUUGUACAAAAUCCUCUCAUGCUAAGAAGAGUCAGGGGACAAAAUUAUUUGAUUAUAUCUGGACAUGAAUCUGACUGAAACACCUUAAUGCUCAGCACUUAAUGGAGAGUUGUCAAACGAAAAGAGUAUUUUGACCCCCCCAAAAGAGGAGUUGAGUUUUGAAAGCUUUCCAAGGCACCAGGCCUUCUUGGCCUGACCAUUCAAAAAUGUUGGAUUCCAUUUGAGAAACCACAAAGAGCAGCAAAUCAGCAUGAUCUGCAUUAUACCUACUUAAGUAAUAAAAUCCAUUGUACUUCAUGGCACCUAGUAGCCAGUGGCCCCAGACAGCACAGCAAAGAUUCUCUCUUUGAUCCUCAGGACAAGCCGUCUUUGGUUCUCUUUCCCAUUUAUCAGGAAAUUGCAGCCCAGACUCCAAAAAUCUAAAAUAACUGGUUAAAAGCU